GCAGGGCUACUCUCUUCCCCCUGUAUGUUCUGAUGAGCCUGGGGGUAUGAACCAGACUGCCAACACUGUAGCAGUCAAGCACAUUGAAACCCCUCAACCUCCUCGUCUUCAGGAUAGCCUCAACCCCCGUCUUGGAAGCCAUGUCUUGCACACAGAGAAUAACUUUGAACAGGAGAUAUUUUCUGGAAUAGCCAAACAGGUACAUCAGCGAGAUCCACGGAACCACGAUCGCAUCAUCAUGGACAACAAUUCAGAGUACCAAAAGAACCUUCAAGACUUUUUCCCCUGUGGUCCAGAUAAGUGGACGAAGGCUUCAGCAGCAACCAUGCACAAUGAGACACAAGGAAUGCGACGGGUGGAGAAAGGUACUCGGCGGUGGGUGGACCUGCCUACCACUGCUGACUAUGCCACAGAGGUGGGUCUGAGACCUCCUGACUACAGCGGGAAGGACACAGAGGUGCCCAGACAGCAAGCCCACUACAACCCUAUGGCUGAGCUCUCCUCCUUACGUUACGCAGUGGAGGGAUGGAGGAGUGCCUGGAAGAUCAAGAUCACCUGGCAGAGUGUGACUAUUGAAGGGCUGAAGAGGGCCCUUAAAGACCUGCACUACCACGUUCGCCUGUCAGCCAUAGCCACUUGUGCAUCAGGGGCAGUGAACAGACCGAGGGAAAAGCAACAUCCCACAGAUGCAGGUCAGUAUGGCCGUGUGUGGGACAUCCAGCCAGUUCCUCAGGAGCUCCAGCCUCUUCUUCUCCUGGCUCUGGACGACCCUGUGAAGAGAGUUCAGAUGGCAGCAGCAGUGUGCCAGUACGCCAUGGGGACGCCAGACUCCCGAGCCCGCGUAAUCCUCCGCAAUGCACUACAUCAAGACUCUGCAGGUGUAGGUGCAGACAGCUGGGUGGCAGCACAGUGCCUGGCUGUGGAGGGGGAGCACAGUCGGCCAGUCAUUCAGAGACUUCUCUCCCAGCACUUCGUCAGUGAGGUUCACACAGAUAAUGAACAGUCAGCGGCUCUACUUGCCAGCAUCAGUAGCAAGACAACUCUAGUUCGCUCUCUGCUGGCUGAGGAGUUGAAUUGUGCCAACUGGAGGACCAGACUCUUGGCUUGCAACACUAUCUCCAAAUUGAAAGGACCAAUUAAUAAGGACCUUGCAAACAAGUUGAUCUACCUGAUGUGGAAUGACUGGAGUGGUAAUGUGAAGCAGGCUGCAGCRCAGGCCCUGGGGAAACUAGGAAUGGGAAGAGAUGUGCACAACGAGCUGAGAAUGAAGCUAGAGGAAGGUCCCGCCUCCUGGAGGGUGGAGGCUCUCAUCCUCAUAGCUCAUCUACAGAUCAUGACCGCCAAGCUGCUGCCACCCUUCCUGAAAUGUUUCAAUGACAACUUUGUGGCUGUGAGGAAACAGGCCUGUCUGACUGCUGCAGCUCUAAUUAUGAAGUGCAGCAUGGUCUUGAAUCAGCUGAUUCAGCUAACACAGAAUGACCCAGCAUGGGAGGUUAAAGUUGUUGCAAUCAGUGCUUUAGGGAAGAUCGGUUGCCUCACGCCCACCCUCCAGGACCACCUCCUCUGGGCGUUACAUCAUGAGGAGAAACCCCAGGUACGCAUCGCCGCCUGCAAGGCCCUAAAGAUCCUUAAAGUGAAGGGACCAGAGCUGCAGCACCUCCUACAGGAGCGGUUUGUUCUGGAACCCCACCCACAGGUCCAUAGGCAUAUACAGGGGCUCCUCAAAAACUAUGGCUACAGUAUUGAAGGAGACAGGGGCAUGGUCCACAAAAUCAAAGAUCAGGUUCAGAGGCUAUGCACCAAGAGCAUCAUCACAGACAAAGUGCUGUUGAUGGAGAAGCUGGAGGACAUGUACCAGCAACAGAGGAAGUAUCUGGUAAAUGAGAGCCGGCCGGACACUACACCAAUAUCACAGCUGCUGCAGGAACGCUACAACAGAAUGAAACAUUGCCCUUCCACAGUAAGGCCGACUCACUCCUCAGAUUCCUCUUCCUCCUCUAAAUGCACGCAUGAAUCCAGCCCUGUCAACAAAUCCUCUUCAUCUGCUUAUCAAGAUCAUCAACACUCCAUCAUGUGACAGUGGAGAAACUUCAGCACU